AUGUCCGAGGAAUCCGACCCCCUUCUCACCUUCUUCUCCGCGUCCGAGGCCGAGUCUCUCGACAUUCUCUAUGUCACCCUCGGCUGCACAAAGGACGCGUCCGCAGACGACCUGCGCAAGGCGUACCGCAAGGCCGCGCUCCGUUGCCACCCGGACAAACACGCCAGCAAGUCCGAGGAGGAGCGUGCCGUCCUGCACGUCGAGUUCCAGAAGAUUGGUUUUGCUUGGGCGGUGCUGAGUGAUGAAAAGAGGCGUAAGCGCUACGACGCCACUGGCCGUACCGACGAGCUCAAGUUUGACGAGGCUGGCGAGGCUGGCUGGGACGCGUACUUUGAGGACCUGUUUGAGCGUUUUGACCGCAAGGCCCUUGAUGAGGACAAGGCAAAGUACCAAGGCUCCGAAGAAGAGCUCGUUGACCUGCGCGCCGCCUUUGUCCAGACCAAGGGUUCGUGGCCCGGCAUUCUCGAGCGCAUCCCACACUCGACUCACGAGGACGAGACGCGCCUGAUUGCCCUUGUUGAAGCCGAGAUCACCGCCGGAACCAUCGAAAGCACGCGCAAAUGGACCACCUCGUCCACCGACACCUCUGCUGCCAAGAAACGCAAGCGUGCUGCCGAAAAGGAUGCUGCUGCUGCCGAGGAGGCGGCCAAGGAACUGGGUGUCUGGGACGAGUUUUACGGCAGUGGCAAGAAAGGUCGUCGUGCGGCCGACGACAAGGAGAACAAGAAGAGCGGCAAGACUGGUGACGGCGAGGACGCGCUCGCGGCGUUGAUUCUUCGUCGUCAGCAGCAGCGUUCAGGUGGUCUCGACGCUCUCGAGGCCAAGUACCGCAAGAUUGAGGAGACACGUGCUAGCAAGAAGUCUGCGGGCGGUAAGAAGGGCAAGAAAGCCACCGCUACCACCGAGGAGCCUGUGGACGCGCCCCACCCCGGCGACCUCGACGACGACGCAUUCGCGGCUCUGCAGGCCAAGAUGUUCGGCAACAAGGCCAGCAGCAAGAAGAGCAAGGCGGAGGAGGCCCAUCCUGACGACCUCGAUGACGACGCCUUUGCUGCUCUUCAAGCCAAGAUGUUUGCCAACAAGGCCAACAAGGCCAGCGGAUCGUCCGAAAAGGCGGCCAAGAAGCGCAAGACGAAGGCAUAG